GCGCCGCGGUUCGGCCCGCAGCAUGGAGCCGGACUCGAGCUUCCGCGGCCGCCGCGCCCUGGUCACCGGGGCCGGCAAAGGGAUCGGACGCGCCGUGGCCAUAGCGCUGUGCAAAGCCGGAGCGCGAGUAACCGCGCUGAGCCGCACCGCGGCGGACCUGGAGAGCCUCGCCCGAGAGUGCCCCGGGAUCGAACCGCUGUGCGUGGAUUUGGCCGACUGGGACGCCACGGAGGCGGCGGUGAGCGCGGCGGGGCCCUUCGAGCUGCUGGUAAACAACGCGGCCGUGGCGAUGCUGCAGCCCUUCCUGCAGGUGACACGGGAGGCCGUGGAGCGGUCUUUCGGUGUCAAUUUCCAGGCCGUGCUCCACGUUUCUCAGAUCGUUGCUCGGCAGAUGAUUGCACAGGGGCUACCAGGUGCCAUUGUGAAUGUCUCUAGCCAGGCAUCUCAGCGUGUCCUGAGGGAUCAUGCUGUUUAUUGUUCUACCAAAAGUGCUUUGGAUAUGCUGAGUAAGGUAAUGGCAAUGGAACUGGGACCCCACAAGAUAAGAGUGAACACUGUGAAUCCCACAGUAGUUAUGACCGACAUGGGAAGAAUUAACUGGAGUGAUCCUCAGAAAUCUGCUGCCAUGAUUAACCGGAUUCCACUAGGAAAGUUUGCAGAGGUGGAUGAUGUGGUGAACAGCAUUCUUUUCCUGCUCAGUGACAAGAGUGCUAUGACAACUGGCAGCUCACUGAUGGUUGAUGGGGGAUUUCUCGUCUCCUAAGAUGACAUCUGCAUUUCAUAUCUUGCCUAAUUUUCAUACUAGUGUUGCAUAGAUCUAAAAGGAAUAGUAAACAGUGACAAAGUCCCAGUGUUGCUGGACAAGAGGGGCAGCAGAGCUAGAAUCUGUUUGAGAAUUGAGGCAGAAGUCACCUUUAGAAGGCUGCUAUAUAAUAAAGAUCACAUAUGCUGUCA